AUGGGUUCUGGAUUUUAUCCAUCAUCGCAACCACAAUUAUCUAAUGAUCUUCUUGAAAAUGUUCAAAGUACACUAGUUGCCGUCAAUUAUAAAUUAGCAUUCACGGCUACUACUGCAUCUGUGUCCGAUAAGCCAUCCACUCGUGUUCAGUGGAUGUGGAAAUCGAAUGCAAACCCAUUUUCAAAGUCACAAAAAGUCGAAUGGCAUUGUUAUUCAGAUGUCGAAAAUAUGAUUAUUGAGAAAGCAUUCACAGCUAAUGAAAGUCAUGCUAUGUUGGACGAAUAUCAUAUUGAUUUUAAACACAAUCUUCAAAUCUCAAACAAUGAUACUGGCAAACAGCGACCCGUUAAACGAGUAAUGUGGGAUAAAGACGACGAAGUUUUGCGAGAAGAAAGAUUUCUUCCCAAUCCUGUCGCCCCUGAUCUUCCGUUUGGUGGCCAAUACGAAAAACAAGAGCUUGCUUGUAACGGUCGUCGUUGUGCUACUUGUGGAGAAUGUCGUGAUUGGUACUUUACUGGUGAUUUAGAAAGUUGGAAAUGGAUCCGCAGUGUGAAAGAUUGGGGUGGGGAUAAUGCGGCUCGUUGA